CACUGGGCGUGGCCCGAACGCCUGGGUCCCUCCCGGACGCCUGGGUCCCCGGCGGGUGGCGGGAGGAGGAAGGAAGCGGGGGAGGGGAGUUUUGGGGUGACAAGAUGUCGGCCUCGGGUGGCGUCGGUGUCAUCGGUGUCAUCGCGGCCCUCAUGGCGGCGCUGCCCCAUAGCGGGGCGUUCAACAUCCACCCGGCCCCAUAUCGGGUCCUGACCCACAGCGGCAGCAGCAGCUUCGGGCACCAAGUGCUGCGGCUCCAGGACGACCGGCUGCUGGUCGGGGCCCCCGUGGGGCCGGGGGGUCGAUUGUUCUCGUGCCACGUGGAACACGGAGACUGUCGGGAGGUGGAGCUGGACGCCAAUGUCACCCGCACCAACCUGGGGAUGGCGCUGACCCACUGGGGCCGUGACGUCAUCGCCUGCGGUCCCGGUUGGUCCCGUCCUUGCGACCGGAAUGUCCAGACCAGUGGGAUCUGCGUCCUGAUUGGACAAGAGCUGCGGCCAAUCAGGAGCCUCCAACCCGGAUACCAGGGCUGCCAGCGGGGGCUGGUGGAUCUCGUGUUCCUAUUCGACGGCUCGUCCAGCAUGAGCCCCGCCCAGUUCGGGGCCAUCCGGGACUUCAUGGUGGACGUGAUGGAGAAACUGGAGAACAGCAGCAUCCGGUUCGCCGCCGUCCAGUUCUCCAGCGACAUCCAACCCUGUUUCUCAUUGGCCGAUUACGCCGCUUGGCCCCGCCCCCGGGACCUACUUAAGGGGCUGAUGCAGCUGGGGGGCCUGACGGACACAUUUACAGCCAUCAAAUACGUCGUGCACCAGACGUUCUCGGAGGCCGCGGGUUCGCGUCCCGGCGCCCGACGCGUCCUCAUCAUCGUCACGGACGGCGACGCCACCGACAGCGACACGGGCGGCGUGCGCGACGCCGAGGAGCGUGACGUCAUCCGCUACGUCAUCGGGAUCGGCCACAACUUCAACAGCCCGGACACCGCGCGGCUACUUGAGCCAAUUCGCCUCGGGCGCCGGAUUCGUGCGGGUGCUGGACGGAUUCGAGCGCCUCCGGGGGCUGUUCCACGAGCUCCAGGACAAGAUUUACGGCAUCGAAGGCACGAGUGACUGGAACCGGUUCCACCUGGAGCUGAGCGGCAGCGGGAUGAGCGUCGGCGUCGUCAACGUGAGAUUUGGGGGCAAAAAGGCCGAUUUUGG